UUUACUAUUACAUCACUAGCUAGCGCUUUUCGCGAGAGCUAGUGAUGUGGAAGCGGUUGUUGAGCGAGUUUGGAAGAAGGAGGUCUUUAGGCUGGUUGUUGAGCGAGUUUGGAAGAAGGUGAAAGGUUGGAAAGAAAAUUUCCUCUCUAGAGUCGGCAAAGAAGUUUUGAUAAAAGUUGUAGCACAAGUUAUCCCCACUUAUACUAUGAGUUGCUACCGUAUUCCGGAGAGUUGCUACAAAGAAAUUAAAUCUAUGCUAGCAAAGUUUUGGUGGGGUUCGAAAGAGGGCGGAAAAUUCAUUGGUUAAAGUGGGAUAGAUUGGCUAACUCUAAAAGAGAUGGAGGAAUUGGCUUUAGAGGCAUUUGUGAUUUCAAUAUCAGUAUUCUGGGAAAGCAAUUUUGGAGACUUCUUCAAGCUGAUGGCUCCCUCAUGGAAAGGUUUUUUAAGGGACGGUAUUAUCCUCGGUGUUCUAUUGUUGAAGCUUUGUCUGGGUUUAAACCCAGCUAUGCCUGGCGCAGUACAUUGAGUUCACGGGAGUUAGUGCUGAAUGGCUCUCGAUGGAGAAUAGGCAAUGGUGAGAAAGUUAGCAUUAAUGGUGAUAGAGGAUUCCUACACGGUCUGUUUUUAAACCUUCUUCUACGACUUCUGUUAUCGAUCCCCCAAGCAAGGUCAGCUCUCUGAUUGAUUCGAGUAGUGCUUGUUGAAACUUAGAAAUUCUCAAACAAAACUUUGGUGAGGAUGAUGUUAGUCACAUUAGCAGCAUUCCUCUUUCUUUUCAUCUUCUGGAGGAUAGACUUAUUUGGCACCACGAAUUGGAUGGAGUGUAUUCUGUUAAAUCUGCUUAUCACAUACAAGGGGGGAUGCGAUGCAAGAAUAACCCCGAUUCUUCUUCUUUGGACAAGUACUGUUUCUGGAAACAUUUAUGGAAGCUCUAAGUGAAUCCGAGGAUAAAGAACUUUUGUGGAGAUUAAUAAAGGACACUCUGCCAACAAAAGAGAAUUUGUUUAGUAAAGGAGUCUCGUCCGAUGGUUUAUGCUCUCUUUGCCAUGCCGACUCUGAGAGUACUUGUCAUUUAUUCCUUCGAUGUUUUUUUGUUAAAAGAGUCCUUUUUUAUGGCCCCUUGGGAAUUAGAGUUCUUGUGGCAGGUGAUGUUGCUGAUUGGUUGGAUGCUAUUUUCACGAAGAAGGAUUUUAAAUUGGGCCAAAUUGUUGCUAUCUUCCUGUGGAAAAUUUGGAAAGCAAAAAACUGCGUGAUUUUUAAGACGUGAAGCCAGAUCCGUGUGCGGUGGCAGUGGAUAUCUGGAAUGCCAUCAUUGAGGAAUAUUCGAUUUUUUCGAUUGCAGAGUUUUGUAAGAACCAGACCAUGUCUGAUGUGAGCUGUCUAAAGGGCUGGGUGGUGCAAACCGAUGCUGGUUGUUUUGAUGAGGGAGUUGUUUUCUUCGGUUGCGUCAUUCGCGAUCCUACCUCCAACAUCUUUCAUGCUGCUACGAAGAGAAUUUCUAGUGUUACGAAUCCUGCCAAUGCUGGAAUUUUGGCUAUUCGCCGGUCUCUGCAAGUGGAAAAAGAUUUAGGACUCAAGGAGUUUGUUAUCCAAUCGGAUGCUUUGGCUGUUGUGGAUUGCAUCAAUGGCUGUGUCACCUAUGCAGAUCUGAAUUCUAUUGUCCUGGAUUGUAAGACUUUAAUGUCUAGCUUUAGCAUUUGUAAAUGUUGAUGCCCACCGGUUAGUUGGUAUUGGCAGAUCCUUAGGAUCUAGAACUUUGACGAGACAUAUUCUUAAUUUUAGUCCUAUGUCAUGUAAUUCCUCUUUUCUUCCCAUUUAAUGGAAUUGUCUUGACAUAAAAAAAAAGAAAAAGGAAAUGAUAUAUUUGUUCAGCCAAAUCUAUUCCGCUCCAUUUUAUUCUAGUGUCCAUCCCGCUAAGUUCAUUUCGUAAUAUCUAAAUCAAAUUAAAAUUUAAAAGGACCAAACUUGAGUCCUAAGUUAAUCAUAUUUUUUUUGUUGAGAUUGUUAACAGUUCUCCCUCGCAUCUCUUUCCCUCCAUUUCAUACCAAACGGACGUCUUUGAAAGCUGCAAACUACACCUAUUCUUGCUGUUUCAGAAGCACACUAUUAUUUCAUACUUGUAUCCUAAUUCUUGUUGCUGUUGUUGUUGUUACUAUCACACUGCAAUUUUACUUUGUUACGUGUUAUCUUAAUUAAUGUUGCCUCAGUUUCAGUGGCUCCAUUCUGAACUAACCAACAUUUGCAAGUCUCUAUUUCGUGUAAAGCAGUUACAUGCUUGCCUUUUGAAAACCCAUCUCUCACAAGACCCUUUUUACGCAACUCAAAUCAUUAGACUUUAUGCAUUUAACAAUCACAUUAACUAUGCCUAUCACGUGUUCGACAAAACUUCCACCCGAAGCGUCUACCUCUGGAAUUCCAUGAUUCGAGCCUUUGCAAAAACUCAAAGAUUUAGCAAUGCAAUCUCUCUAUUUAGAACCAUGCUUGAGGCUGACGUAAGGCCUGAUAAUUAUACUUAUGCUUGUGUUAUACGUGCAUGCUCUGAUAAUUUUGAUUUUGAUAUGUUAAGAGUUGUUCAUGGAAGUGCUGUGUCUGUUGGGUUGGGACUCGACCCUAUUUGUUGUAGUGCACUUGUGAGUGCUUAUUCAAAACUUGGUCUUGUUCAUGAAGCGUGUAGAGUGUUUAAUGGGAUUGAUGAGCCGGAUUUAGUGUUGUGGAACUCGUUGAUUUCUGCUUAUGUGUGUUCUGGUAUGUGUGAUAUAGGGAUUCAAAUGUUUAGCUCGAUGAGACGUUCUGGGAAGAAGCCUGAUGGAUAUACAUUGGCUGGAUUACUUGUGGGUAUUGCAGAUUCUAGCUUGUUGAGAUUUGGCCAAGGAUUACAUGGUUUAAGUCAAAAGUAUGGGCUUGAUUCUGAUUCUCAUGUAGGUAGUUUACUGGUGAGUAUGUACUUGAGAUGUAAGUUCAUGGACUCAGCUUAUAGAGUCUUUUGUAGUAUUUUCAAUCCUGAUUUGGUUACAUGGUCUGCUCUAAUAGCUGGGUAUUCUCAGUGUGGGGAGUAUAAAAAAGCAUUGCUCUUUUUCAAGAAAUUAAACACGGAGAGCAAGAAACCGGAUUCUGUUUUGAUUGCCACUGUGUUGGCUUCUAUAGCUCAGACAGCGAAUGUAGUACCAGGAUGUGAGGUACAUGGUUACGUACUUCGGCAUGGAUUGGAAUCAGAUGUCAAGGUCUCCUCAGCUCUCAUAGACAUGUAUUCAAAGUGUGGUUUCCUGAACUUGGGAACUCGUGUGUUCGAGAUGAUGCCUGAACGAAAUAUAAUUUCUUAUAAUUCAAUAAUUUUGGCUCUUGGCUUGCAUGGAUGUGCGUCCGAGGCUUUUUUGAUGUUUGAUGAGAUACUAAAGAAAGGAUUGGUACCCGAUGAAGCAACAUUCUCUGCUCUCCUUUGUGCUUGUUGUCAUGCUGGCCUGGUCAAAGACGGCCGCAAGAUUUUCCAGAGAAUGAAAGACGAAUUCAACAUCAAAGCUAGACCUGAACAUUAUGUUUACAUGGUGAAGCUUCUUGGCAAUGCUGGGGAGUUAGAAGAGGCCCACUAUCUCAUUCGGUCCUUACCUGAACCAGUAGACAAGGCUAUUCUGGGAGCCUUAUUAUCAUGCUGUGAUUCUUAUGGAAAUUCUGAGUUGGCAGAAACUAUAGCUCAGCAGAUUUUUAAGAGUAAUCCUGCUGACAAUGUUUACAAGGUUAUGCUUUCGAAUAUAUAUGCUGGGGAUGGGAGGUGGGAUGAUGCUAAGAAGGUGAGAGAUAAAAUAAUAGGAGGUCCGAAGAAAAUGCCUGGAGUUAGUUGGAUAGAAGGCAAUUAUUAUUAAUUCUGAAAAUAUAGAUGCGCUGCAAAUUUGAUAGGAUAAACACAGAUGACUAUGCAUGAAUAUAUAUUCUUUCUUUUAACAAUUUAUGCCUAUUUGUGAAUUAGGAUAAAACUAUCUGAAAAUAAAUUCAACUACAUUAUUGCUUUCAGUGGCUAAACUCAGGUGGUGCCUAAAUACUUUCUCCUGCUAUUCAGAAAAUGAACUCUGAACCAAUUGGAAACUCCUAUACAUAGUUUGGGAAACAGAAACCCUGAAA